AUGGUCGCCUUCAACGACAGCCGGGACAACUCUCCUCAAUCGUACGGGCCCGUUGUGCCCGUGGACCUUACUCGUAGCUCAUAUCACAGCGCCAUGGGUCCCCUACCACAGCACACCGUACGAGAGACUCGCAGCGGUUCCGAGACGAGUGGUGCCUCGCUCAAGAGUCCGCGCACUGCUCGAUUCGCCGAGGCCACAUCAAUUCACUCUCCCAUCGAACGCACAGAAGCUGGGAGAUCACCUUUUGCCGACCCUCCCACAUCCCAAGCACAGGGAGACGUUGCAGAUGUGGGAUUCGGCUAUGUGGCAGCGAACAAUCCCAGCCAACAUGCGGAUGAUCAAGUGCCGAUGUCGCCUUUCAGACCUGACUUGAAGGUGCCACAGACAGCCAAGUCAUUGAACCCGCUCAGCCCAACCUUCCGCGAAGAGUACAUGCUUGAGAAGCAAGAGAAGAAAGCCGAAGUCGAGAAUGCUCGAGAUCUGAGAAUUAAACUCCGCGUCCGUAUCGCAAAGGUGUUCUUACGUUUUGUCAACUUCGGUUGCAGUCUGAUCAUAUUAAGUCUGCUGGCCGUGACAUUGACCGUCUUCAAUGCCACCAAGCACCUGCCUACUCGUAACGGUCUUCCUGCCUGGGCAGAAGGCACCAACCCGUGGGCCCAGUAUCUCCUUCUAUCCAUGGCUUGCGUCUCACUAUUUGCCUGUCUAAUUGUGUUCUGGGCCUACCGAAAAGGCGGCCACGGCCGUGCUGAGAAAGCCGCCGUGUACUACACUGGCUUCUCAAUCGCCUUCUUCGCCCUCAACCUGAUCAUGUGGAUCGUCGGCGCGGCAGUUUACCAGCACUCAAAAUCCUCAGGAGAGAACAAGGACAUGUGGGGCUGGUCUUGCGCGCAGAACACCCGCGAGCAGAUCUACCACAACACAGUCGACUAUGCGCUCCUCUGCCGUCUCCAAGACUGGGGUCUGGUCUGCGCCAUCAUCGAAGUCGUCAUCGAAGUCCUCGUCAUCCUGAUCUACGUGGUAGUCUUCUACCGCGUCUGGAGCAAGCGCAAGCUGAUGAAGUCCAUGGAUACCCGCGACACCGCUCGCUCAGAUCUAUACCUCGCCCAGCUGCGCCUGCAAUCCGCCCCAAACACCCCGGGCUUCGCAGGGUUUGCCUCUUAUCCUCCCAAAUCCCCCUUCUACGCCGCAACCUCUGUGGACCCCUACUCAUCCGCUGAGAAGGGCAUGGCUCAGCCCCAAACUCAGUACGCCUCACCGCGCUCGCCUACCCGCCCUAUCCCAUCCUUCCAGCUCCAGCCGCCUCCUAUCAAGGUCCAACAGCCGACACCACAGACUGCCCAGCAGGAGUUCGCCCCUCCCGCUCAGUACUCGCAUUCACCAUCCCCACCUCCACAGAACCAUCGCCAGAGCUCGCCGGUAAAUGGAGAUAGCGCUCCAGGUGAGCGCACCUACGACGCCGUGCCAAUUCCCGGCGCUUAUGGGAGUCCCAUGGCGCCAGCGUUCCCGGCUCCUGUACGCAAGUAA